AUGAUGAACUUUACCUUGGUAACAGCUUUACUCUGUACCUUCAGUUGGAUCUCUGUCUCAGUUUCUGAAUUUCACACUGUGGAGGUUCAGCCUGGUGAAGAAGUCACACUGAUGUGUUCCAACUUUAGCAGUUUUCCCUCCAACAUAAUCUGGUUCAAUCUGGACAACAGAUCCAAUGCCAGCUGCAUCUCCUCUAUGUUCAGCUCUGAUGCCAAUGCUUCGUUCUGUGAAGGAUUUCAAAACAGCAAAUUUAAUAUGACGUCCAACACCACGACCAUCUUUCUCAAGAUCAAACAAGUGGAUUUAUCUGACUCUGGACUGUAUUUCUGUGGAUUUUACUCAUAUGGAAACUCAGUAAUCAUCAAUGCAACUUAUUUAAAGGUUCAAGAAGCGUCUGAUGGAAUGACAAAGGUAACGAUUGUUGUCCUGUGUGCUGUGAUAAUUUUCGUGGUUAUAGUCGCCAUCGGUCUGGGUGUCAAAAUAAGGAAUCUCCACACAGCACAUAAAGAGGAAUGGAAUCAACAACACAGUGAGAAUCUGGGCUCUGAUGCCCUGAACUAUGCAGCACUGAGUUUCCGCCCAAAAGCAAUAAGCAGCAGAAGGCCUGAAUCAGAAAACCAGAUGGAGCCAAAUGUUGUAUAUGCUGCCACCAGAUAGACUCAGGAAACAUCUGGAACAGCAGCUCAGAGUGGAACUGAUGAUUUAUCAUAUCAAACUUCUAUUAAAGGAGGAUUUACCAUCAAAAAAGUCUAAUUUUGUAAUAAAGAUUCUGUAUUCAUCCAAAGUGUGCUAUCUCUGCUACAAUUUAAACUGUCCAACCAAAGGCACCCUAGUUAUUUUGCUUGUUUUAGAGUAAAAGAUUGUGAUUAGUGGUUGAUGGAGGAGGAGCCAGUAAUGACAUUGGUGACUAGUCUCUUUUAGUGAGAGUUGGAGAGAUGGAGUUCUGCAGCAGUGGUUUGCAUGUUUGGCAGGAAGUGUGUGGUGUGAGCACA